CAGGUUAUGGCAGAGCCGGGCUGUGAGCAUGGGCCACUGUCCAGGGUGCGUGAAACACCAGGCACAGCACGAUCUGUUUAGUAUGUUUUCCCGUCUGUGAGGAAUACAUACAAAUAUUUACAUGUACAUAUGCAUGGGAGCACGCAUGGACGUCAGCACAGAUGAGCUCUGGCGCUGGGGGAUGGGCGAUUUCACCGCCUUGGGUUGUUUUUCCUUUUUGUUUCUACUUUUUUCUAAAAAUGAAAAUGUAUUGCUUGCUUGCGUCAUGAAAGAUAUUCAAAAGGAUAAGAAAAAGGCCUGUCUCUGUGUGUCUGAACCGAGCCGGUUGCCAUGGAGACUGGACGGUUGUCAAGGCAGCUAUUGGAUGGGCAGGGGGGGCUGCGGGUGCUUCCUGGGAGCCGAGCUGGCACAGCCCGCAGUCUGCACUGCGGGGCCGGCGCCAGCAUGGACGGAAUGGACGUGUGGGUCAGCACCUUAGCCCAGCUGAUGGCCAAGAGGAAGCCAGAGGACACCUGGGAGCUGGUCCUUGAGGAGAACCUGUCCUCCGGGCAUCUGGACAGUGGCAGUUACGAGUACCGGCUGAGGGGGCUUUCCAGGCUCCAGUGCAACCGCUGCCAGUGGGGCUGGUCCUCUGCCCACGUGCACAUCCUAUUCCAUGUGCGAUGGGACAAGGACCGCCACCUGGGGCUGGUGAAGAUGCGUAUCUGGGCCCAGGCGUGCCAGCUGUGCCCGCCGGAUGCCCGGGGAGACUGCCAGUGCUACCAGGAGAGCAUCAGCUCCGACGAGUGCCCCGAGGUCUGCUUUGGGGACCACUGUGAAGCCUGCGACCUGGGCGUCUGCUUCUUCCAGAAGCCCCCAGACCCUGCCUGGGGGCCCGAGACCAGGAGCCCCAGCACCGUCCAGGCCAUGCCAGCCCUGGGCAGCGGUCCUGUGGCCAACUGCGCCUGGGGCUUCGUCCUCCCCUCUGUGUCCGACCCCCUCUCUGAGAGCAGCCACUUCUUUAGCGAGGACAUGGACAUCAUCACCGUGCCCUUCACCCUGGUGAGCGUGGGCAGGGACAAGGGCUCUGUUGGCCCUGGAGAGGGCACCCCCAGCGAGGCUGGUCUCCAGGGGCUGAUGAUCAUCGACAGGGGCUCCGCCGACCAGCCUGCCAGUCUCAGGGCCUGGCCCACCAGCAUGAGCAUCCUGGUCAACAUCAAGGCCCCCAUCCUCCACGGCAGAGACCACCUGCUCAGGAGCAUCAAGUCCUCCCAGGUCAAAGGCUUCAUCUUCAAGGGCUUUGGCUCCCUUUUGGGCCAAGACAAGGGCCCGGGCGCCGAUCCCAACAGCAGCAGUGGACCCACUGGAGAUGCCACCCUGCCCGUGUCCUAUGUCUUGGGCCUCACAGAGAAGGGCGAGGGCUCCAUCACCUUUCCCUUGUCCUUGGCCAACAUCAUCCAGGGCCCGGACUCCCUCCCUGACCUCAACGGCUCCCUGACCUUCCCUUUCAUCAUCACCGACCAGUGCAAGGGUGGGGCAGAGUGUGGCCACGACCCUGCCCUCAGCCCCGCCUCCUCGGGGAGCAGGGGUUCCCUCAUCAUCCCCUUCUCAGCCUUUAGUCCCAUAAAGCUCGGGGGCCUGCAGGGCAGCAGCCACCACAGGAGCGGGCACUGCGACAGGCACAGGCGCCGCCGGGCCCGGAGGCCUCGGGCCCGCAGGGAGGAGGACUUCUUGGAGGAGGAGGACGGCUGGUGCUGGCCGAGUUUCGAUCCCUACGAAGAGGUCUGGGUCUGGAUGUGCAUGAUCUUCUUCGUCCUCUGGACACUGUACCUGUGCACUUCUUGAUGGCUCCCAGACGCGUGUCUGAGCGGGCCACCUCCCGCCCGGGUCCCGCACCGCGUCUCUCCCUCCGCAGGGUUGCCCAGACACAAAGCCAAGCACUGCUGGCCCCCAGCCCCCACCGCUCCUCACCAGCCCGCCCCCAUUCUGCCAGCCCCCCCUGAGCUGGGGCCUCCCAGUGCGCACAGCUGCUCCCUGGACCUCUUGCUUCUGUGUUCUCUCUCUUGACGUGACUCAAGCAGUGGUCCCGUGAUGUCCACGUGUGAUGCCCACGUGUGAUCAUUCCCCGGUGUGACCCUCAGCUGCCCCUGUGUGUUCACUUGUGUGUGUUACACUCCGUUAAAAUUAAAGUCAAAAAGAGAAGACCAUACAGCACACUUGGGCCGAUGACAGCCAGCGCCUAAGAGAAGGUGGUGAAGUGGGAGAGCGGUGUCCAGGGGCCCCUGGCGCUUCCCCAGGGCGUGAUGGGACUGGGCCUCAGGCACAGAGCUCGUGUCCGCUCGCCUUUGCUGUGCACGGCCCAAUUGCCACGCUCCUGCCCUGGGGCCAGGUCGAACCCCGUGGGGGACCGGUGGCAGGUCGGAGCCCCGUCCGCCCUACAGUCAUUACACCCCCCUGCGUAAGGACCCUGCCCUGUCAGGACCCCCUCUAAGGGUUUAACACCUGGAACAGCUUGUGGGGGGAUCACCAGCUUGAGGGCUCCUCAGAUUAGGGACCCCCAACCCACCCGCAGGCCAGUC